AUCAUUCGUAGAGCUGUGGUUCUCUGAUGCCGAAUCUGGCAUUGAACUUAAUAUAUGGAAACUUUGAGCUCGUUUCAGCUUUUCCGGGAGAAGCCGCCGAGGCCUCCCCGACUCGCCACCGCCAGGCUGCCGUCUUCCUUCCUUUCUCCGCAACACACCUCACUCAACCUUAGCGGUCAAAAUCACCGCCAUGUCGACUUCCGAGCCAUUCAACGUCGAUAGAAUUGUUUCCCUCUGGACUGAACUCUUGCAACUGCAAAUAGACAUCGGAUAUUACCCGACCGAUGACUUCAUCUCGUUCCCGCCCCCGGAGGGCCGCCCGAUAGACGAAAAGCUAUGUCAAGAACUUCACCUGACGGACGAGGUGAUUUCGCUCCUGAAGCGAUUACCCUGUCCUCCAAAUUUUAGCGAAGCAUAUGACACACCAAUAUUCGACGAGUCUAUGGCUGUCCCGUUCACUGACAACGAAUGGAUACGAAACUCGCGAGAUCUCAAACGAUGCUGGUAUGCAAAUGACAAUGAGCCUCUACGGCUGGACUAUUUGAAGCCCGAGGAGCUUGCGCUUGUGCUGGAGAUAGACGAUACAGGGCGUCAUUUGAUCCUUGACACUAAAGCUAAUACGGCCCGCUUCUUCAUCGCCAUGGAAGAGAUGUUCAAUCCUGGAGAAGGCGAGGAGGGCAUACACGAAGUUUUAGAUGAUCCUAUGCAUUACCGAAAUUAUCCAGCCAGGCCUGCAGUUGAAGUUCUGGAAGAACUUGUGGCCACAUUUCGUGAUUUGGUGUGGAUUCCUGUGGGACAUGGGAUCGGGUGGCCGCGGAUACUGACCGCUGAAGAUCAAGAAUUGAAUGAACAUACGGACGCCAAAAGAAUUCUCCAGGAACAGUUUGGCUGGCCGGACAAUUUCGACAAGGAACAGUGGAACAGGCAACGUACUGAAAUUUGGAAACGCUUAUUGUAUUCAGAUGAGGUUCGGUCAGCUGUAGCAGCGAAACAUUUGGAAGAGAAGAUGCAAUUCGCGAGGCGAUUGGACAUGCAGGCGCAGGCGGAAAACAAAUGUCGUAUUCUAUGA